CAAUAGGGACCCUCAGUGCUAGUAUGGUUUGCGGCUUAAGCGGCGCCGCGGCCUGAGGAAUGUCAACUAUUCAACAUGGAGGAGGAGGUCGAUAAGCUGGAAUUGAUGUUCCAGAAAGCUGACUCUGACCUGGAUUACAUUCAAUACAGGCUGGAAUAUGAAAUCAAGACUAAUCAUCCUGAUUCAGUGGGCAAGAAAAAUCCAGUUACCCUUUUACAGGAAUUGUCAGCAAUAAAGUCUCGGUAUCAAACUUUGCAUGCACGCAUUAAGUCCAUCGCUGAUGAGCAGAAAGAGACUAAGAACCGCAUUUGUGCUGCUUUCAGUAAGACUGUGGCCACAGUACAAGAACUGCAAAAGCAAACAGACCUAGAGCUGUCACCACUGACUGAAGAAGAGAAAACCGCAGUACAACAAUUAAAAUCUCACGUCUGACUUAUGAAGAAUGGACUUGCAGAGGGGAACUCUAAUAGAGAAGAGAUCAAUUCCAGAGAGAUUUAGGAAGGUGUCUUGUUAACACUUGGUCACCAGAGGUGGGGGGUAUGGUGAAGGAGAAGAGUUGGCCUGGGUGACUAGAAACUGAUCCCUUUCACAAGAGAAGGGAAUCUCUUCUCUUAAGAUUAAUAUCUGCCUAAGAAGGGCAGAUAUUAAAUUUCAGCCAAAAGGAUGGAAUAGGAAUAAAGAGAUUUAAACAAUAUAUGUAUGAACACACACUUAGUUUUGCAAUUUCAUGCAGGAAAGUGUUAAUGCUAUAUUGCUUCUGUUUUUGUAUAAUCAGGGUAACACCGAUGUUCUGGCCUAUCAUAAGGAAUGUUUAUGUACUAUCAGUCAGUCAAAUAUGAAUAAGCAUGAUUUAAAAGAUAGAAAAUAUUUGCAUUGUUCUAUAUUAUGUAUAUUAUAGAAUUUAUUUUUGAAAAAUUUGAUUGAAGAUGUGGUCUCAUUAUCAGUGAGACUGCUAUGUGACCUAGUCUCCCAUAAAACCUAACUUUUGUAGUAAGCUAGUUUUUCUUUGAGAGUCUUACUUUUAUUUUUGUCCUGUUCCUUCUGUUUGCUAAUGUUGAGCAGCAUGAGUUCUGCUUUCAAAUGCUCUUUUAGGCUAUUCCUAUUGUAUUUCAAUAUGACCUUUGUUCUCCUUUAGCCUGUAUUACUGUAAUUGUUCAUUUUAUGUGAAAGCUAAGAAAUGAAAUCAUAAGAGCCCUGGCGACUCCUACUUGCCAGUUUUGUGUGUAUGUA